AUGGCUAUUAACACACGGAGUGGUAAGGUUUUAUUAGGCCCUUCUUUGGUAAAAGUUGUGAAUAAUGAGAUGAUCGAAGAACAUGUUGAGCUUGAAAAAGGCUACAGUAAGAUAUCAAUUGCUCCUAAAGAUCAGGAGAAAACGACGUUUACAUGUCCUUAUGGGUUCUCUUUCAAGCAGAUGUCUUUUGGACUGUGUAAUACACCAGCUACUUUUCGGCGUCGAGCACUACAAUGCUAUGAACAGUUUACUCUUAUUCCAAAUUGGGAAAAAUUCCACUUUAUAGUGAGGGAGGUCAUUGUUCUCGGCCACAAGAUUUUAGCCAAGGGCAUUGAAGUAGAUAAAGCAAAAGUCAAAUGCCUUAAGCUAAAACUAGAGGAGGCUCCUAUCGUUGUUGCUCCUGAAUGGACCAAACCAUUUGAGACCAUGUGCGAUGCUAGUGGGGUGGCACUUGGAGCAGUUCUUGGUCAAAAGAAGGAGAAGUUGUUCCAUCCAAUAUAUAAUGUGAGAAAGGCACUAAUUGGGGCAAUUAAAAAUUAUACGGUGAUGAAACAGGAACUCCUUGCUGUAGUUUAUGCUUUUGAAAAAUUCAUGGUUUAUUAG